AUGUUAUCCAGAAGUGUAAGUUCAUCGAUUAAGCGUAGUGCUAAAACUACCACAUUAAAGGCUAGAGCAGUAACGACUUUGAAGACUGCCAAUGCUUCGCCAUCAUUGACCAGAUCACUUUACACAUCCAUUAACAAUAACAACCAAUCUUCAAGUUUAAAAGCCAACACCACCAUUACUACUAAAACCAAUGCUUUCAAUACUCCAUUCACAUUCCAAAGAUUUGCAUCAACCAAGGUGAAGGUGCCGGAUAUGGCGGAGUCUAUCACUGAAGGUACUUUGGCUGCUUUCACAAAGGAAGUUGGCGACUUUGUAAAACAAGAUGAAACAAUUGCCACCAUCGAAACAGACAAAAUCGAUGUCGAAGUCAACUCACCAGUCUCUGGUACCAUCAAGAGCUUCUUGGUUGACGUUGAAGCUACCGUUGAAGUUGGCCAAGAAAUUGCUGAAAUUGAAGAAGGUGACGCACCAGCUGCCGGUAAUGAAGGCGCCGAAAAGGCAAAACCAGAAGAAUCUUCAAAGAAGGAUGAAGGAAAGGAGGAAAGCAAACCAGAGCCAAAGAAGCAAGAUGCUGAAAAGAGCAAACCUCAACCUUUUAAAAAGGAAGAGUCCAGCAGCAAACCAGCCUCUUCUUCCUCUUCAAAGAAGGACACUUCAGCUAAAGAGUCAUCUUCAACACCAUCAUUCACCAACUUUUCCAGAAACGAAGAAAGAGUCAAGAUGAACAGAAUGAGAUUGAGAAUUGCCGAGCGUCUUAAGGAAUCUCAAAACACUGCUGCCUCAUUAACCACAUUCAACGAGGUUGACAUGUCCAACUUGAUGGAGAUGAGAAAAUUAUACAAGGACGAAUUCCUCGACAAGACCGGUAUAAAGUUGGGAUUCAUGGGUGCGUUCUCCAAGGCUGCCUGCUUAGCUGCCAAAGAUAUUCCCGCUGUUAACGCAUCAAUCGAAAACAACGACACAUUGGUGUUUAGAGACUACACUGAUAUUUCAAUUGCUGUUGCUACACCAAAAGGUUUGGUCACCCCAAUUGUGAGAAACGCCGAGUCAAGAUCCAUCUUGGGCAUUGAACAAGAAAUUGCCAACUUGGGUAAAAAGGCCCGUGACGGUAAGUUGACCUUGGAAGACAUGACUGGUGGUACAUUCACCAUCUCUAACGGUGGUGUGUUUGGUUCCCUUUACGGUACACCAAUCAUCAACAUGCCACAAACCGCUGUGUUGGGAUUGCACGGUGUCAAAGAAAGACCAGUCACUGUUAACGGACAAAUUGUUUCAAGACCAAUGAUGUACUUGGCCUUGACUUAUGACCACAGAGUCUUGGAUGGUAGAGAAGCCGUGACUUUCUUAAAGACAAUUAAGGAAUUGAUUGAAGACCCAAGAAAGAUGUUGCUUUUGGAAUAA